GGCGAACCCUAAAACACGGAGGCUUAAACCCGCUGGUGAAGGGAAGGGGAGAAAGGAUGGCGAGCACAUCAAGUGUGGUUGCACCGAAUCCGGAGGCGGAACCGGACGCCGAGGAGUCGAACCGGAACCCUAACCCUGUCGCUCCUCCCGCCGCCGGCGUCGUUUGCCUCCUGAGGUUCGCCGGUGACUCGGCUGCCGGAGCGUUCAUGGGCUCCGUCUUUGGUUAUGGAAAGGGUAUGAUGAAUAAAAGAGGUUUCAAAGGUUCCUUUGCUGAUGCUGGUUCUUCUGCCAAGACAUUUGCAAUCUUGUCUGGUGUUCACAGUUUGGUUAGCUGCUUCCUGAAGAGACUGCGAGGAAAAGAUGAUGUCAUCAAUGCAGGUGUAGCUGGUUGUUGCACUGGUCUCGCUUUAAGUUUUCCAGGGGCACCCCAUGCUUUGCUUCAGAGCUGCCUCACCUUUGGAGCCUUCUCAUUCAUCAUGGAAGGACUAAACAAGCAACAGACCGCAUUGGCAAAGUCGUUUUCUUCUGGCAACGAGGAUGUGGACAGCCCAAAGAACGUCCUUCCUCCCUUCACUCUUCCUCUUCCACCCAGUGUCAUGGAGGGCUUUUCUUCCUUCCCUCUAUGCUUAUCCAAGCCCAAGAGCUCCAUCACCUGGUGAUUGCUGCAAAAUACUAGAAAGCUCAAUUUGCUUUGUUUUCUUUUCCGCUACUUUAUGGAUCAAAAUCUUGCCUAUGUAAAAUCCAGUUAGGGAUAGAAUUGUUGUAACCAAUUGCAUUCUGCCCAGCGAUUCAACCGAGCUAUGCCAUGAAUCGUAUGAACUCAAGAUCUUUGCUGUACAUGUCAUCAGUAAUCCCAGAUUUUUCUUUGCGUUUC